ACACUUCUACAGUUAACAUCAUGGAAACCAAACUUUCAUUUGGAAUUGAUUUCAUCCUCUCCCCUGAAUGCGGAGCAAGUGAUAUAGAGGAUACAAGCUUUGAUGAUUCCCGGAGCAAUUCGUCCUCUCCAGACUAUGCUCAAGAGAUGAGAGCCUCAUCCACCUCGCCCCUAAACCUUCCAUUCUUCCAUCCCUUCAGGACUGGUUCUGUAUCUCCUCCUUCAGUUCCAAUGUUCAGAAGUUCUCCGUUCUAUCCCCAGCUCCCACCUCUACCAGGAACCCUGAGAAAGCACAGAUCUGAUCGUAAGCCUAGAACUCCGUUCAGUAGUUCUCAAUUAAAUCAACUAGAGAAGAAAUAUAUUGAAAAGAGUUAUCUCUCGAUUGCCGAGAGAGCAGAGUUUGCUGAGAGUUUAGGACUCUCUGAAACCCAGGUUAAAAUCUGGUUCCAGAACAGACGAGCCAAGGCCAAGAGGUUGGUUGAGUGUGAAGUUUAUCAGAACUCUCUUCAUUCAUCAUCCAUGCAUCAUAUGCAGGGUGUCAUCCCUCCAUCCCUCAUCCCAGGACUGCUGGCUGGACGAGGACUUAAAUACUUUUAGAUACUCGUCUUCCUUUCUUCCUUUUCUUCAUCUUCUCGUCUGUGAUUUACGGCUGUUCAGAGAUUUUAUAUUUAAACAAAUUUUUAGAGAUUAAUAAUAAAUUAUAU